CUGAUAGAGACAACAUGGCGGCCUCCAUAAUGUACAGCCGGCUGUCAGCUGGGUUGAGGAGUCGGGCGCCCCGCGCAGCUCUCGGUUCGGCAGUUCAGGUACUCAGUGGAUUUCCUGGAGUGUUCGGGUGCCAUGGUGUCCAAGCACAGCAACACCGGAAUCUGUCUCUUCAUGAGUAUCUGAGCAUGGACCUGCUGAAAAGUGCUGGUGUUGCCAUUCCAAAAGGUUGUGUUGCAAAAACACCAGAUGAGGCUUUUACAGUAGCUAAAGAAAUUGGUUCAAAGGAUCUGGUUGUUAAAGCACAAGUACUGGCUGGCGGCAGAGGAAAAGGCACUUUUGAAGGCGGUUUGAAAGGAGGAGUAAAGAUUGUUUAUUCACCCGAAGAAGCCAAAGACAUUGCAUCUCAGAUGAUUGGGAAGAAGCUUUUCACAAAACAGACAGGUGAAAAGGGCAGGAUUUGCAAUCAUGUGUUUAUCUGUGAACGAAGGUAUCCCAGGAGGGAAUACUACUUUGCAAUUGCUAUGGAAAGGGCAUUCCAAGGCCCUGUACUAAUCGGAAGUUCCCAUGGCGGUGUAAAUAUUGAAGAUGUUGCUGCUGAAAAUCCAGAUGCCAUUGUAAAAGAACCCAUUGAUAUUGUUGAAGGAAUAAAGAAAGAGCAAGCUGUCAGGCUUGCAGAAAAAAUGGGCUUCCCUUCAAAUAUCGUGGAUGAAGCUGCAAACUGUAUGAUUAAUCUGUAUAAUCUCUUUAUGAAAUAUGAUGCUACUAUGGUGGAAAUAAACCCAAUGGUAGAGGAUGCAUCAGGGGUUGUAAUGUGUAUGGAUGCAAAGAUAAAUUUUGACUCCAAUGCAGCAUAUCGACAGAAGGAAGUGUUUGAGCUGCGGGACUGGUCACAGGAAGAUGAGCGAGACAGACAAGCUGCAAAAUCUGAUCUAAACUACAUUGGUCUAGAUGGCAACAUUGGAUGCCUUGUGAAUGGGGCUGGCUUGGCUAUGGCAACUAUGGAUAUAAUAAAACUUCAUGGAGGUACACCUGCAAACUUCUUAGAUGUUGGUGGUGGUGCCACAGUCCAUCAAGUAACCGAGGCAUUUCGACUGAUUACAUCUGAUAAAAAGGUCCUUGCUAUACUAGUGAAUAUAUUUGGUGGCAUUAUGAGAUGUGAUGUGAUUGCUCAAGGUAUCAUUAUGGCUGUAAAGGACUUGGAACUAAGGAUACCUAUUGUAGUCCGCUUGCAAGGUACAAGAGUAGAUGAUGCCAAAGCACUUAUUACGGCCAGUGGAUUGAAAAUACUUGCAUGUGAUGAUUUGGAUGAAGCUGCAAAAAUGGUUGUUAAACUUUCAGAAAUCGUAACACUGGCAAAACAAGCGCAAGUUGAUGUGAAAUUUCAAUUGCCAAUCUAAUGCUGCUUAAUGACUUUGAAGACCUGCAACUAUUUGUUUUUUUCCUGACCCCUUUUCCUGUUUAGAUUUUAAUUAAUGCUUGAUAACUUAAGAAUGGUUGCUGUGUGAAAUGAAUUGCUGCUUUGGAAUCAUUAUCACAACACUUAUACACAGAAAUUUACAGACAUAUAUAUCUGUGCAUAUUACCAGUAUUGUUCUGUUUUAGAUAAUGUUUGUUAUCACGUCAUCUCAAAGCCCACUGCUGGUUUAGCUGGUUUCAUAUCAAUGCCCUGGCAGUUUCGUUGGCACUGUUAAUGUAUAAGAAGCAGUUGAUGUUUGUGGCAGUACUGUAUAUAAAGGACUGUAGAAAAAAACCUAAAAAUGGUUUAGUAACAUUUUGUUUAGGUAAAGUAAUAGGAUGCUUCAUGAAUACAACCCUAAGCACUUAACCUGACUAUAACCACAAAUAUCAUCAUGCUGCUGGAACUUUGUUUCUUCUCAUUCUAUAGCUGUAUCCAACUAUACAAAGCCGCAAUUGAUUUCCUAAACACUGUCUGUUCCACUGUCCUUCCCAAUGUAAUUAGAACAAGGAUUAAACAAGUGACUGAUUUAGAGCUAUGAGUCCUUUUUGAAUUCUGUAGUAUUCAGGCAAAAUAGGAAUAAGGAUACACAAACAAUAUUUUCUUGUCAAAGUUUGUCCAUAAAAUGUUUGCAGACCUAUUUUUAUGCAUGUUUCUAUACUGCUUUAUAAGAGACCACUACAUUCAAUUGCCUAGAUGAUAGAGUCCUUUGGUAGUAUAAUAGUUUGCUUUGUAGCAAUGCUGUUGAUAUUUUGAAGGUGUAUGAAAUGCUAUAAAUAGUUACCAUUUUUACGCAUACAUCAUGAGCAGUUAAAUGUUCUGAUGUAUUCCAUGUGUAUAUACAGUAAAUAUGCAAAAUCACAAAAGGGGAAUUAGUCCUGUUGGGUAUUUAAAUGAGAGCUGCAAAAUGUAUCUAUUACUUCUCAAUGGGAGCAAAGUUACAAUUUUGCCAAAAUCUGUCUUGUAUUGACACAAGUGAUGUUACAUAAAGUGGGCAAAACACUGGCCUAAGUUGCCCACCAUAGACUCAGUUUAGAAGGUGGCAUUGCCCUGAUCAUCAGUUAUUAUUUCAUACACUACCAUCAGUACAAAAAUCAGUUUGAGGCAAAAAUGUUGAAUUUGAAACAAAUUAACCCCUUCUCAUUGAAGCCAUGGAGUCAAAAUACUUUGCCUUUAACAAACUGGGGAAAUUAAUGUUACAUUUUAUUUUUGUUUAAAGUAAUUGAAUAUUAAAUCAAUAAAAUGUAACCUUAAAGGUU